UAAAGUUCCGUAGUGAAGGGAAACGAUAACGCACGGAAAGAAAGGGAGAGCGAAGGAAAAGUGUUCAGACCGUUUAAAAUCAGAAUCAGAGUUUAGGGUAAAAGAGUGGAGAAAUACAGCUAGAGUAUUUUUUGUAAUAUAUAAACCGUUUCUGGUUGAAUAUUUAAUACGGGUAGCUAAUAGCUUGCUAGCUCUCUUAGUAGCGGCGAGCUAACGGACACCAAACGACAAAGGAAUCAUAGCCAGCAAAGCUCAGAGUUUAAUAACCAGUUAUUUCCUUUUUUAACAACUUACCCGUUUUGGGUUGGGGCCUUAUUUUUUAUUUAGGACACAGAAGGUUAUUCGAGACGAGAAAACGCCUGACCUGCUUGAAUACACGACAAAAAAUAUUUUAAAAAACUUAAAAUGGCGGAGCCGGACAAAUUAAACAUCGACUCCAUAAUACAGCGCCUCUUGGAAGUUAAGGGCUCCCGGCCAGGCAAGAACGUUCAACUGACAGAGAACGAGAUCCGUGGCCUCUGUCUCAAGUCUCGGGAAAUCUUCCUCAGCCAGCCGAUCCUGCUGGAGCUCGAGGCACCACUGAAGAUUUGCGGUGACGUCCAUGGUCAGUACUACGACUUGCUGCGACUCUUUGAGUAUGGAGGCUUCCCUCCCGAGAGCAACUACCUGUUUCUGGGAGAUUAUGUGGACAGAGGAAAGCAGUCUCUGGAAACCAUCUGCCUCCUGCUGGCCUACAAGAUCAAGUACCCAGAAAACUUCUUCCUGCUCCGUGGCAACCACGAAUGCGCCUCAAUCAACCGCAUCUACGGCUUCUACGAUGAGUGUAAGAGACGGUAUAACAUUAAGCUGUGGAAGACUUUCACAGACUGCUUCAACUGCUUACCUGUGGCUGCCAUCGUAGACGAGAAGAUUUUCUGUUGCCAUGGAGGCCUCUCUCCAGACCUGCAGUCCAUGGAGCAGGUGCGGCGUGUAAUGCGGCCCACAGAUGUGCCGGAUCAGGGCCUACUGUGUGACCUGCUGUGGGCCGACCCAGACAAGGACGUACUGGGCUGGGGCGAGAAUGACCGCGGAGUCUCCUUCACUUUCGGUGCUGAUGUGGUGGCCAAAUUCCUUCACAAGCAUGACAUGGACCUCAUAUGCAGGGCACAUCAGGUGGUUGAGGAUGGCUAUGAGUUUUUUGCCAAGAGGCAGCUGGUCACCCUGUUCUCUGCUCCAAACUACUGUGGAGAGUUCGACAACGCUGGAGCCAUGAUGAGUGUGGACGAAACGCUCAUGUGCUCCUUCCAGAUCCUCAAGCCCGCCGAUAAGAAGCUGUAUUCGUAUGGAGGUGGAGGCGGAAUGGGCUCAGGGCGUCCAGUCACUCCGCCGCGCAAUUCAGCCAAGGGUGGAAAAGCCAAGAAAUAGCACCCGCUGGACCACCCCAUUAAUCCCACUCUUUUUAAAGGAAUACUCCAGUGUUGUUGUUUUUUUUUUUUUUUUUUUUUUUUUUUUUUUUUUUUGUUUGUUUUUUUCUUUUAAAUGUGAUCUGUAUCUGUAGCAUCUGGCCGAUUGCUAUGAACAGUUAUUUUGCUGUUCAGAAAAGAACAGAAACCCUAUAGACUCAAAACACACAAAGUAGAUGCCAAUGGGCAGAGGCAACUACCAUAGCUGUCAUUUUAAGUACAUUUCGAGUCAGCAGGCUUUCUGUUCUCUCCUGUGGUGUUUAACUAUGUGCAGCAGAUAAAGAUCAGUUUAAAAAAGCGCUGGAGUGUUCCUUUAACCCUCUUUCCUUCCAUCCCUACCCUACUCUCUACCUCCCUGCUUCUUUCCCCUCUGUCACCAAAUGGCAACAAAGCAAAACAGUACCCAGGGUUUAAAAUACUUUCUCUUUUUGUUCCAUGUUUCUUUUUGUUUUGUUUUUUUUUCUCUCUCUCUCUCUUUGAUGCAGUGCGAGUGCGUAUGCUUGUUAUUAAUGUGAAUGGACCGUCUGUGAGGUUUGUUAUACUGUGUGUUUUAUUUCCUUCUACCCAUCCUUUCCUCCUACCCGCUGGCCUGUCUCUCUGUCCAAAAGAGCCAUGCUACCGGCUCGAAGAGUUACGGGCGUAUGAAGGGUCCAGAGAGAGGCUGUUGGUCACUUUUCAGGCCCUGGCCUUGUGCUGUUUUUAAUGCUGAACACGCAGCUGCACAUCCUCUUUUAGGUAGUCUGAUUGUGAACUGUAAACAAACUCAACGCAACACGCAUCACCAGGAGAAUAGCCGAGACGUGCAGGCAGACGGCGUCGGCAGAUGUGCAGUUUAAAGGUGUAAAGAGGGAAAGAGCUCGCCACAGGUGCAUCGUUUUUCCAUUUAGAUAACCAGUGAUUUGAGAAACAAUCAUGUUGAAACUGUUUUUCUUUUUAUUUUGUAGAUGGAUCACAGCUUUGAAUCUUUCUUGCUUAUUUUGUUUCCUUUUUUAGUCUUUUUUUUUUUUUUUUUUGAAAGUCAAUUUAUCAAUAAAGAGAACUGUUUAUUUAAACAUCCUGCUUCAUGUGUACCCCUCCUACUACCCCUACUUAUCCCUUCUGUUCCUCUGCCUCCAGUGCUGUAUAUUCCUCCCUUUGUUAAUUCAGAGCCAGUGUGCUGUUGUGUAUGAAGGGGCUGAACAAAUCUCUUCACAGUGAGAUGGUUGAAGUUGAACACGGACUGGAAUUAUAUACACUCUUCUCUAAUGAGGGCAGUGCUCAUCUAUUUUACCUUCUUUUUAUAUGCUUUCUUUGAGCCUCUGAACUUUACCCCCAUUAUUUUCCCCUCUGGCGCUUUCAGUUUAACCCAGUGAGUCCAUCCAGUCUCUGGGUUUAAAUCACGAUUUCAAGCUCGGACCCUUAUUCUCCCUCUUUGACUGUCCUUUCCUCCCACCAUCACUUCUAUUUCAAACCAUUUGUUGUGUGUGCGAGUUGCCAGGCUGGAUUUAAAGUUUCACUGGGAUUACAGUGGAGUUACUGCUGUAAUUAUUUAAGGAUUUGGGAAUCCUUUGGCCGGCCUUGUCGCCGAUUCCGCCAGAUGGCGCAUUUCACCCCAGCCGACUUCACUUUUCCACAGUUUUUCCAUUACAUCAUCGGCUGAAGGACCAGAACGGACUGAGCAUCAAAUCCUGCAGAAACACUGCCCCCUGUUGGCCACUGGGAUGUGCUGCGCCAGUGCAGCAGUGGUUUGGCACUGUACUAAAUACCUCUUCCCUGAUAGAAAUUCAUUACUUCAUGGUUUGCACACAUCGAAAGUGUUGUGUAUUUGAACUUUUUAGCUAAAAAUGACUAAUAAUUAAGUCUGAAGAUCUUUUUAAAGGACAGCGUUGCAGUUUGCUUUUAAUGUGUGAGUGAAGUAGUUAUCAGGUUGAAGUAGUGCCAUCUCAUUCUUAUUCUUAACAAGCAAGAGCCACACCUACAAGGUGCCAGCAUAUAGAACAGGGCUUAAAGGGGAAUUUGGAUGGUUCAAUUCUGAUGGAUGGGCUUUUUAAUAAGGUGUCUAGUAUAUGUCAUCAAUGCUGGCUGGUUGAGUGUCCCUUAGCUUAGCUUUCUGCUUGGAAACAGUGCUGAAAUCAUUGCAGGUCUCAGUAAGCUACAUAUAAUCACUGUCAAAUCAAAACCGUAUAAUUCUGUUUAUACGCCGUUGUUAAAAUCAGCUGCCCUUUACAUUGUGGGAAUGUUUCAUGAGAAGUGAGCCAACAGAAAUGGUCCAAAAUGGCUUUUUUCUGGUGGCAUAAAUGUACAGUAAAGAUCUUUUUUCCUUCUAUAAAGUUACCAUUUCAGAGAGAUGAGGUUUUAAUACGCGAGUGACUGUAUAUGUUUCGUUUGGGUGGGGUGCUUUUAAUAGUAAUAGUCUGAUGGCAAUUUCAAUCAAAAGGCAAUAGUCUUGAAUCCAGUUGUUUUUUUUUCUUUACCAUUCCUUCUCUGUUCCUCAUCUCUUACCUGAUGUGGUUGGAAGGGAAUUCCUUUUAACUUGUUGAGGAGAGGGGCGGGGGGCUGCUCGCAGUCUCAAAACGCAGUUUUAAGACCCAAAUAUAUGGGACCGAAUAAUUGUUACUAGAGUCAGUUCUUUGGGCCAUCAGAUAUAAGGCCCUCUAUCCAUCUGUUAUCUUCUUCCCUGUGGCUGUGCACAUUUCUUACUAUUUUAAUUACAGCAUCACUAAUAGAAAAGGUUAUUAUUAUUAUUAUUUCUUCUGAUCUGUUGUUUUUACCUGAUGGACAGCAGUGAGGUGAAUUAGGUAAUGUAUGUAUUAUAUUCUGUUAUCUUCAGCAACCAAUCAGGGAUGUUUUUUUCCUCCAUGCACUGAUGCUGGGUGAACUAUAAUCAUUUUAACUGUAAGAUUUAAAAAAUCAAGUCAGUUGUUUUAAGCAGGGUGAAUUAAAAGGCAAGAAGUAAAAUGUUUUUUAAUGUAAUUUUUUUUUUUGUUGUUUUUUUUUCCCGAACUAUCACAGAUAUUUGUCUUUCUGUUACCGGGUAGAAAAUAAAGAUAGUGUAUUUGUA